AUGGCACCAUCAUUACAGGACGGCCUGGCUGCCUUCAACGCCUUCCUUCAGGCCAACGUGACCGGUCCUGUUCUCACCCGCGACCAAAUAAACCUAGCGGCUCCCUACUUGGACUCACCAGAGUUCGGCUUGGGAAUCCGGUCGCUGGAUGUGGAUGGCGUCGGAGUCUACCCUUUUAUCCCUCACAUCGAUUUGUUCUGUCUGGCAAGACACGUUAUUGAGAAUGUGGCCUCGGAGUCGGAGUGGGCAGCAGCUCAGGCUCAAGCGGGGUUUCAGGGGCCCUUGAGUCUGGCAUGGAUGAAGCUUAGGCUGUACGUGUGGCACUAUAAGCUCUUCAUCCAGCCAAGCCUGAGCUCCGGGAGUGUCUUCACCAAGAACGUGGGUAUGAGCGAGGUGCCGAGCCUGGUGGAGAAGAUCCAGGAAGGAUUGGCCCGGGUGGAAGGCGACGUCUUGGGCGAGGCGUGGGAAGUCUCCGAGACUGCGUCAAAAUACUCGUCAGAAGACAAGGUGCGAUUCUUGGUGGAGAAGGCCAAUGUUUGCAUCAUGCUGGGCCAAGACGUCAAAGCACGGGAGGCGCUGAAACUCGCCGCGGAGCUCAACGGCUUUGUUUAUGCCCUGUCCGGGGCGCUGGGGAAGAGGACGCGGUUCCAGGAUAAGAGCACUAGCCAGCUCGUGGUGCUUGCUAAAAGUGAUGUCGAAACAUCCAAGGAAGGAGAGGAGGAUGAGGCUCCUCAAGCGCUGCCCCUGAACGACGACACCCUUCUGGAGCAGAUCGAGUUUUCCAAGGACGGAACGGAGGGAAAGCACGGCGAGGAAAACCUAUCAGCCACGGAAUCAACGCUCCCCGUUCAGCUGCGGGACAUCAAGGCCGACCAACAGCCGCAGCUUUCGACCCUCGACCAGAUCAUCCUUCUUACUGAAGCCACACUGAAAGAUGCGUUUUCACCGGCAGACACGCUUACCUCGGAGGAGAUCCUGCCGUUUGCAGUAAGAGUCAUCAAUGACAAGAGCACAAACUGGCAGGUCUACACGCAGGCACUGCUGGUGCGGUCGAGGAUCGAGAUGCAUCACAGCAGGACUGUGGAGAGGGGUGUGCUGCAGAUGCAGGCGGUUAUCGACCAGGUCCUUGUUGACACUGCCGAGAAGGUCACUUCCGGUCAUCAAGGGGACGCGCCAGCCAGGACCGAAAAUACAGAUGUUCCAGCCAUAUCAGUCUCGGUCGCCGACGAAGACCCGAAGGCAAAGCAGGACAGGGAAUCAGCCGCGCCUGUUGAUGAGAAACCAAAGCCUUUCUUCCCUGUUGCCGAAUCAACCGAGUCGGCUUCAGCGGAUGUUAGGCUGCAAUACAUACACGCUCUUUCGUCGCCUCCACGAUGGCAUCUCGAAUCGGAACUGGCUUACGCAUGGACAGGUGUCGGGUCCCUGGUCUCGGCACUCGAGAUCUUCAAACGUCUCAAGCUCUGGGCUGAAGUCGCGCUCUGCCUAGCAAGCAGCGCAACGCUGGACGACGAGGACGGCAGCGGAAGGGGAGGCGGCGGUGAGGAGAAGGCUCGAGCAAUCAUCCGGUGGCGGCUAUUCCACCGUAAAGACGGAGACCCUGCAGCGGCCGACGAAGAACUUGACAAGAACACAGAGAUAUCAACGCUCAAGGCUGAGGACUUUACUGGUCCUGAGAGGACUCCGCCCCAGCCCAAUGCACCAAGGCUGUUCUGCAUCUUGGGCGACAUGGAGUCCGACUCAGCAGUGGCGCAUUACGAGCGCGCGUGGGAGAUCUCGAAGAAUAGGUACGCCCGGGCACAAAAGUCGCUGGGAGAGCAUUAUCUUGCACUGAAGGACUGGCACAAGGCGCGUGAGGCGUACGAUCUGGCCGUGUCUGUAAAUCGGAUCGCGCCAGAGUUAUGGAACCGCCUCGGGGACAUCAACCUCCGGCUCGGGCUGUUCGGCGACGCGGCGGAAGCGUUCACCCGAGCAAUCGGGUCAUCCAACGAUACCUCUGGAGGCGAGGACGCGCGGACGUGGAGCAACCUGGGCAGUGCUCUGUACAGCAUGUACCUCGAGGCAGUGGGCGAGAGUAAGAAGGCUAAGGAAAACGGUGACGAGAGCGAUGCGCCAACAAACGGACACAAGCGCGGGGACGAUGAGGAGGACGAAGAACCACGGCCGUCGACGAAGAGGACUCCGAAAGAUCCAGCGAUGCUGCUCGUCCAAUCGAUGAAGGCCUACAAACGCGGGGCGUCAAUAGCAGGCGACAAUUGGCGCAUCUGGGACAAUGUCAUCACACUGGCCACGCGCAUGCGGCCCAUGCCGUUCUUUGAGAUCAUCCAGGCGGUGCGGUCCAUCAUCCGGCUCCGCCAGACGGAAGAUGCGCUUGACGACGACAUCCUCAGGCUGCUCCUGACAGAUGGCGUCUUGUCCGUGGAGAAGAAGAACGACGCCAACCCGGGCGGGGUGUACGAGCCGCCCCGCGGGAGCGUGGAGAGGAACGUCAACGAGAUGAUGGAGAACGAGGUCGCGCCGCUCAUCACGAGCCGGUCCGAGCUGUGGGAGCUGGUGUCGCGCGUGAGAGUGUGGAGGAGGGACUACGAGGGCGCUAUCGACGCCUCGGAGAAGGCGUGGCGAGCCGCAGUCGGCGGAGCCACGUCGGGCGCGAGCUCCAUGGGCGGCGGCCUGACUGCCGACUCUGCCAAGUCCAGGUCAGAGGGCGGCGGCGGCGGCGGCGGCGGCGGCGGCGGAAACUGGCUCGAGGACAAGGAGGCGUGGCAGGUCGUGGUUCAGAGGACCGAUGAGCUAGUAGCGGUGCUGGAGAACUACGGCCCGCAGGUGGAGAGCGUCGGGGAGAAGUGGAAGGGAAAGGCUAGGGCUGCGAUCCGUAGCGUGAUGGGCAAGGGCAAGGAGAACUGGGAGGAUAGCGAUGGCUGGCUGACUUUGAAGGGACUCCUAGACGGGCUGAGGGCAUAG